AUGAAAAGAACCACCACUCGACUCGUCCAACAAUGGUGCCAUUCUCGCAAUAGCACUGCUUGCUUUCAUCCAAACAAUCGUGCUGCAGCCAUGAUGUUUAGUUCGAAUGCUAUGAAUCAGGUCAUUGGUGAUUUGUAUGACAAAGGCAACAAGAAUGUGAAUACUUCUUCUACUACGAGUGGUUCCUCCUCUCAACAAAAGGACCAACAAUUUAACCCUUCCAAGAUAGAUUUGUCAUCGCCUGAUAAAUCUGCAACUGCAAUUCGAAAAGAUAAGGAAACUGAGAGUUCCUUCUUUGACACAUCCAAUCCAAUUCCAAAUGUGAAUACCACGGAAAAGAUGGCAAACAAGAAUCCAAUGGGAUCCUACUCGCCUGGUUCGUAUGUGGCUGGAUCCAGCACUGCAGAUAUUCCAAGUCCCAAUGUGGGUAAAUCCAUUGAUAAAGAUCCAAGUGGAUUUUAUGGAUUCGACAAUGAAAUUAAGGGACAAGAUUUAUACACCACGAAAGAAGCUACUGACAAAGCUCUUGGAAUUGAUAAGGACAAUCAGCAGGGAUGGAAAGGUUCAUCCAAUAAGGAUCAAUGGAGUGAAACGAAAGAUCAAGCCAAAAGUCAGUGGAAGGACACGAAGGAACAAGUUAAAGAUCAGUGGAGUGACACAAAAGAAAAAGUCAAAGAUCAAUGGAAUGACACGAAGGAACAAGUCAAGAAGAAUGUCUCGACUUCCUCCGAUAAUUGGACUUCGGGCUAUGACGAUACUACCUUUGCAGCAGGAUCUACUCCCUCCACUGGGGAAAGUCUUUUCAAUAAGGCCAAGGAUGUGAAGGAUCAAGUGAAAGAUGCUGCCUACGAUGUAAAGGAAACCAUUAAAGAUAAGGCAAGCAAUCUCUUUUCACAAGAUAUCAAGAAUGAAGCCUCUGAAGCCAAAGAAAAUCUCAAAGAUAAGGCAGGCAAUUUGUUCGAGUCAGGAAAGGACAAGUACUAUGAAGCGAAAGGAUAUUCUGAGGCCUAUUUGGAUGAAGCACAGGAGAAGGUCAAGGACAAGGCAGAAUCUGUCAAAGACACUGUCAAGAAUAUCAAGGACAAGGUUGUCAACAAGGUCUCUGAAUGGAAGGAUAAUAUUGUGGGUGGUAAUCAACCUUCUCAACAAUGA